AGCACACCUAGUGACUUUUGAUAUUACCAUUACCACUCGUAACCACAUCGAGUGACACUUUUUAGGUGGCGCGUACUCUUUAGAAAAUGUCGAAUUACGUUCGCGGUAGGUGAUCUUAACAAGUCACCAAACAAAUUUUGAAUUCCUGCGUCUAAUUUCGCAGACCGCCAUGCCCAAAAAGUUUGUUGGUGAAAAUAGCAAGGCUGUUGCAGCCAGGGCUCGAAAAGCAGCUGCCAAAGAGGCAGAAAAUACAAAAAAGGCCCAAGAAGCAGAAGACAAGGCUUGGCAAGAUGACGACAAACAACUUCUUAAGAAGAAACAGAAGCAGGAGGAACUUGAAAAGAAGCGUCAACAGCAAUUGGAAAAGAAAGCAGAAGCGAAAGCAUUACUUGAAAAAGAAAUGGCUACUAUAAAAAUAGGAGGUAAACAGCCAACAGCAAAGGUGACUCGAGCCGAAAUCACUGCAAUAACAGAGAAGCGAAAUCAAGUCGCAAUGAAAAAGAAGGAAGAAGAAAAACCCAUCGAAGAGAAUUUGAACAGAGUAAUAUUGGAAGGUGAAACUGCACACGGCAUAGAUGAAGCUCUGUCAGUUUUAAGUACGAAAGAAUCUGAGGUAGACCGUCAUCCUGAAAAACGAGUCAAGGCAGCUUAUACAAGUUUUGAAGAAAGAAUGAUGCCUAUUAUAAAGGAACAAAAUCCGACCUUAAGGCUCAGUCAACUGAAACAAUUGUUACGUAAAGAAUGGAUGAAGUCACCUGAAAAUCCUCUUAAUCAAAGACUUCUAAAUCAUCAAGACAUUUAAGGUCUCACCAGAAGGUUUACACGUGAAAUGAUCAACUGAACGACUUAGGAAUUAAAAGAAUGAAGGUGUUAA